CAACACCACUCCCUCGAUAGUACGACCAUGGCAGUACCCAGUUUUUUGAAGGUCGAUCCCGCAAUUGAAAGAUGGAAUCGUAUGCGUGAAGAUGCGUAUAAGCAUUUCAGAUUUACUCCACGGACAACAUGGGUCACGAUGUGUGGGUUCGUACUCGUGCCUGGAGCGAUCUAUUACCUGGCAAGCAAAACCCACUUGGAAUGGAAUUGGGCAGGCAAGAGAAAAGGGGAGGCAUUGGCACAGGCGUGAUUUUAACCAUAUCGUCUGUGUAGCGCAUACUAUGAGGUAGAUAUAUCAUAUUUACCGUCAAUUAUGUCUCUAUUUCUAUCGAAGCCAGCAUGGUUCAGAAUCUCUUGCAUAAUUCUAUGGCCACCUUGCAACCACCAGCGAUAACUGCGCUAAGUAGUGCAUGCGCAGGGGCUCGCUGAGAGUGAUGCUCAACAGCAGUGUCUAAGUGCUCUAACUCGUCAUCUCUAAAUUCUUUGAUAACGUCCCUC